AUGUCGCAUACACCAUCAUCCUCGUCCACGAACCAGUCCUCGACUCCAACAAUUUACCACAGUGACAUAAUAAAGGACCGUAAAAGCCUCUUCACUGGUCACGCGACACGUGUAAUUUCGAAACAAGAAGCUCUCUCUUUUCAUGAGAAAAUAAAAUCAUCCGAUAAGGGUGCUACGCACAACAUACUCGCAUACCGAAUUGUCAACGCAGAUGGAGCUGUUUUGGAAGAUUGUGACGAUGACGGGGAGCAAUUCGCUGGGAACAAACUGUUAACUUUUAUAAGAAACCUAGACGUGAAAAAUGCAGCAGUUGUGGUAUCGAGGUGGUUUGGCGGAAUACUAUUAGGUCCUGUACGGUUUGACCAUAUUACCAUAUCUGCCAGGAAUGCGUUAGAGAAGGGUCGUUUGAUUGAUGAUAGAAACAUCGCAGGAAAUGGAAGAGAAUUGGGAAAGAAAGUGGCUAGUUCGAAUGCAAUUGUUGUUAAUGGAUGUCAGAGAGGUAACCCUUUGCUUCAAUACAUCCGUAACGUACCAUGGGAAUACGGCGAGAUAGUCCCUGACUACGUUCUUGGUGCAACGACAUGCGCUCUUUUUCUCAGUCUUCGCUAUCAUCGCCUCCAUCCUGAAUACGUUUAUACUCGCAUCCAAAAGCUCGCCCAUCAGUUUCAACUUCGCAUAUUACUUAUUCUUGUCGAUAUCGAUAACCAUCAAGAAGCUGUUCGCGAACUUACAAAGACGUGUAUCACAAACAACUUUGUUAUGAUGCUAGCUUGGAGUCAAGAAGAAGCUGGAAGAUAUCUAGAGACGUAUAAAGCAUUUGAGCAUAAACCGCCAGAUCUGAUUAUGGAGAGAGUGGAGAAUGAUUAUUUUGCAAAGUUGACACAUUGCUUGACUCAGGUGAGAUCUGUGAACAAGACUGACGUUGUUACUUUGGCAUCUACGUUCGGUUCGUUGAAGCGAAUUAUGGCUGCAUCUGAAGAGGAAAUUGCACAGUGCCCUGGAUUUGGCGAGUUCAAGGUGAAAAGAUUGACAGAAGUCUUUAAUCAGCCUUUUCUUUCACACAAAAUGUUACCAUUUGCGUCAAAGCAAAUAAUUGACUUAAUCCAAUGCAAGCGUAGUUUAUUACUUGAGAUGCCAACUUAUCUUAUUCAAUUUGCUCAAUCUCAUGACGAAUUUCGUAUCCCGGAACUCGAGUCUUUGGCCAAAGUAGAGAACGUCACACUUUCAUAUGACGUGAAUACAUAUAAAAAGAAUUGUCCCUUUCUUAUUGUCAAAAUCGAAACUGAAGAACAAGCAGCGCGUCUUGUCAAACGAGCUAUAUUGACCAAAAAUAUCUUUGAGCUUUGGGGAUCCGGUUCUACCUAUGAAGAAGUUCAUUCUCAAGUAAAAGCUCACCCCGAGCAAUGGCCCACAUACGAAUGGAAAUCCUUUAAAUUUGUUGUCUCGGCAUUUGGAUCAACGUGUGCGGCCAACUAUCAAUUGGAUAUUAUCAACUCUUUUGCCUAUUUAGGAUUCAAAGGUCCAAUAGAUCUAAAGAAUCCUGAGAUCCAAUUUGGUGUUUUAGAAGACUAUGGUCUGGAUCCUCAUGCUGCUUCACCACCUUCAACACCAUGUUAUAUAUAUUUUGGAAGAUUGAUUGGAUCAGGAAACCGUGACCUCAUCCAAAAAUUCAACGUGAAAAAGAGAAAAUAUAUUGGAAAUACUACCAUGGAUGCCGAGUUAUCUUUGAUCAUGGCAAACCAGGCGUUGGCAGCUCCUAAUAAAUUCAUAUAUGAUCCAUUUGUGGGUACUGGUAGCUUUUUGGUCACGUGCGCACAUUUUGGUGCACUGACUCUCGGAUCUGAUAUUGAUGGACGACAAAUACGCGGUCAAAAAAACAGAUCUAUUCACUCUAAUAUCGAGCAAUAUCGGGUGGGAGGCAGAGUCCUUGAUACAUUGGUGUUUGACAUUUGUCAUCAUCCGUUCAGAGAGGAAGCGUGGUUUGACGCCAUCGUAACCGAUCCUCCAUAUGGUGUAAGAGCUGGCGCAAAAACGCUAGGUAGGAAGGAUCCGACAAAGAAGCCGACCAAACUGCUCGAAGGAGUUUCUCCGAUGGGAGACGACGAUUAUAUCCCACCAAAGAAACCAUAUGAAAUGUCGCAAGUUCUUACUGAUCUCAUAGAGUUUGCUGCAAAAUUCUUAGUUAUCGGUGGUCGGCUAGUAUAUUGGCUGCCAACCAUAGUAGACGAAUAUUCAGACUCGGACGUCCCAUCUCACCCGUGUCUGAGACUGAUCUCGAACAGUGAGCAAAACUUUGGAUCAUGGAGUCGUAGAUUGAUAACUAUGGAAAAGUUCAAGGAUAAUAUAUCGGGGGAGCAUGCUUUUGUUAAUGCUCAAUCCUUGGAUAAUUUAACUGCUGUCAUGAAUGAUCAAAAGAAAGGCAAAUCAGUUGGUGAUAAUGACACCAAAAAACCUGGCCAUUAUCUAUUUCGCGAGCAGUAUUUCACUGCAAAAUCCGAAAAGAGGAAGAAGGAAUCAUCACGGGCAAGACACAAGGAAGUUCAUCAUACGGAGAAGCCAACGGCAGAUGUUGAACCAAUCACAUCUGGUAAAAAUACAACGUAA